AUGGAUAAAAAUAAUACGUCUCGGGAUAACCCAUUAAAGUACUCCAAAUAUCUUUCCGCAUAUUUAUCGCAAACAAAACUUGUCGAUCAAGGUGUUACCGUCGCUUCCUUUUGUGAUUUGAGCAAAGAAAAUGAAUCUCCUACAUAUUCAUCAUCAAAAUUGGUAAAUUCGUUGAUGUUAUCAUCAAGAAAUUGGGAUAUCAAAAAGCUGAUUUCGAAAGUGGAUAAUAUCGCGCAAACACUCGAUGAAAAUUUAAUAACUGUUCGAAGAAAAUCAUUGACAGAAGAUAUUAAUGAGAGUAAGAGUAAUGAAGAAGAGGAUGACGAUAAAAGAAAUGUUAAACAAGGGUCAAAAGAACUUCUUCAAUCGCUCAUGGAUGAAUUAAAGCAUUUGCGUGAAACCGUAUCUCAAUAUAGUCAGUUGGACGAAUCCAUCAAGAGGACGAUCGAAAAGACGCAAAGCAGUCUAAAAUCAGAGAUCACACAAGAGCUAUGGAACCAAAUCACCGCUCAAUUAUCAGAAUUCAGACAAGACUUUUCCAAAUUAAUUGAUGAUAAUACACGAUUACAAGAAUCAAAGGAUCAGGUAACAUUUCAAAGUGUCGCUGAAUCGAAUUCAUGGAAUUUGGGUGAGAUCCGAAAUGAACUUUAUGCUCAUCGGCAAAUGCUAGAUACGAUAAUAGAGCAAAAUAAAAUCAUAUUCCAACUCCAUGAACGUUACUUACUUGAGUUUCAAAACAGAGAAAUAUUCAAAGAAAUGAAUAAUAUUAAUAGCAGCAGUAAUAAUGUUUUCAAGGGUCCGAUGAUUGAUAAUGAAGUAAAACAAGAAUUUAUUCAUGAAGAACAACAUUAUCAUCAAUUAGAACCACUCGAUACUCAUAUUAACAACUUCGAUCAUCAUCAUCCUCAACAUCUUUUCAGUAAUCUAUCACCGUCAUAUACAAAUCGAAUGACUAUGAACUUUAAUUUGUCUCAAUCUCAGAUUCAUCAAAGUCAUUUCUCUAAAAUGAAUUGUCGAUUACCACCGCCAUCGACAAUACUCAUCCAGAAUCAGCAUAAAUGCCGAAAUCUGACUCGUGCGAGUGAAAUAAUUACUUCUGAUUCUGAUAUUACGAUGAAUACGAAUGCAACAACAUCCCUUCCACGGAUCCAGAAAAAGCAACCCAGCAAUAAUAAUAUCACCAAUACUGGUAUUCCAGAAGAGACGGUUUCCUCGAUAACAUCCACAAGAUCAAAUAACAAGGCAGCACAGUUAAUGCAAACUGUGUAUGCUGCUUUUAAUUUAAAGCAUGCUUCACCGAUAUUCGUUCAACUCAAACAACAUCUGGGCUUGGAAGAUGUUAGUAAAGAUAAAGACAAAGAGGAUAAAAAUAUUGUGGACAACAAGCAUAUAAACCAGGAUCCUGAAAGUACUAGUAAUGAUAGUAUUGAAUCUUCUAAAGGAAAUGGUUUAAAUAUGCUUGUUCAUCCUCAUUAUCGGCCCCCACGGCUACCCAUUGUUCUAUGUCAUGGGCUCUUUGGAUUUGAUAAAUUAGGACCUACCUCACUUCCUCAAUUACAAAUACAUUAUUGGGGCGGUGUUCAAGAAGCACUGCAAAAAAUUGGCGCACAAGUUGUGGUCACCAAAGUCCCAAGAACCGGAGGAAUUAGAACACGCGCACAAGAAUUGCAUCGAAUCUUGGAAACUAAUCUAGCCGGCACGGAUGUGAAUCUUUUGGCGCAUUCAAUGGGUGGCCUUGAUUGUAGAUAUCUUAUCGCGCAUCUACCAACUGAGAAGUGUACAGUUCGUUCAUUGACUACAGUCGCGACUCCUCAUCGUGGCAGCCCUUUUAUGGAUUGGUGCAGAGAUAAUUUUGGCGUGGGUGUAGUCCCAAAUUCGUUUAGCACGACGGUUAAAGCUGUGGACGAGACGAUUAAUCGAUUGUCGGAAAAUGCUUCACGUAAAAGUCAACGGGGAGAUACUUCAUCUAGUAACGAUAAGGAAGCACCUAUAUUUAGUAAAUUCAGAAAACUUGCCAAUAACUCUGGAAAUAAAGACCCAUCAUCCUCAGACAAUAGGAUUUCGUCGUCAUCGUCGUCUUCUGAUAAUAAAAAAUUACUUCCACUUUCGAUUCAUAUACCAAAUAUAAACAUCCAUAUUCCCAAUAUUCCCAUUCCGAACAUACAUCUUCCACACAUCUCUCUUCCUAGUAUCUCGCUUCCAAACCUGAAUGUAAGCCUUGCCUUGUCUUCCACUCUAUCCUCAACCACUGCGAUAAUAAAUCCUCUGACACGCCUACUCAUACAAGCCGUAGAUACACCAGCAUACAGUAAUCUCACAACUGACUACUGCACCAACCAUUUCAAUCCGAAUACGCCUAAUCACCCAUCUGUCGCAUAUUAUUCUUAUGGUGCCUCUACGGACAUACCCAUUUGGUCACCGUUGUAUUUUCCACAUCAAAUAAUCAAGGCUAAAGAAGGGCCAAAUGAUGGGUUGGUUAGUGUGAAGUCAGCACAGUGGGGUAGAUAUAUUCGGACUGUGGAUUGUGAUCAUUGGGAUUUAACUGAUCGUUGGCGUAUUAAGAUUGGAGGAGCCAGUAAAUUUGAUCCUGUGGAAUUUUAUCUUCAUGUGGCAACCUUUCUUGCCAAGGAAGGUUAUUGA